AUGGAGAAUCCUCACGUACAUGAUAAUUUACAACACAUCCAGGCGGUGUUAUCGAACUACGACACAUCGUUUCUCUCGGACGAUGAAGAGGACUACUGUCCGCUCUGCAUGGAGCCUUUGGACAUCACCGAUAAGAACUUUAAGCCGUGUCCGUGCGGGUAUCAAAUCUGUCAGUUCUGCUACAACAACAUCAGACAGAACCCGGAGCUAAAUGGGCGGUGUCCUGCGUGUCGGCGAAAGUAUGAUGAUGAGUCGGUGGAGUACAUUGUUUUGAGCCCCGAGGAGCUGAAACUUGAGCGAGCGAAGCAGGCGCGGAAGGAGCGCGAGCGCAAGCAGCGCGAGAAGGAGCGAAAGGAAAACGAAUAUGCCAACCGCAAGCAUCUCGCCGGCAUGCGCGUUAUCCAGAAGAAUUUGGUAUACGUUAUUGGCCUGAACCCACCCGUACCGUACGAGGAGGUUGGUGCGCUGUUGCGCUCGGACAAGUACUUUGGGCAGUACGGGAAGAUCAACAAGAUCGUCGUGAACCGCAAGACAGGCCACAAUGACCACCAGACGGGGUAUGGGAUAUAUGUUACAUUUUCCAGGAAAGAGGAUGCUGCUCGCUGUAUACAGGCUGUGGAUGGUACGUUUAUGGAUGGGCGGCAGGUGAAGGCGGCAUACGGAACCACGAAGUACUGCUCGUCUUAUUUGCGCGGACAGUCGUGCCCCAACCCCAAUUGCAUGUUCUUACACGAGCCGGGAGAAGAAGCUGAUUCCUUUAAUAAACGAGAGCUCAGUGGCAAGCAGCAGCCGCACCAGCAGCCGGGCCAGCAGUUGCACCAGCACGGUAGCCAGCAUCUUCCUUCGCAGUUGCAGUCAUCUGUGCACCAGCCGGCUCAAGUACACGUGCACCAGCUAAAUGCUCAGCCUCAUAUUCACCACCCCUCGCCCUUCAAGGGUCCCCAUAAUUCCGGUGCUGCGGCGUCUAAUAACAGUAACGGCGCGUCCGCUGUACCCUCACCCGCACAAGCCAAAGCCCAACUACACAUGGAUGACAGCUCUUCCUCUUCGACACCCGCUGCGCAUACCCCAAUCCUCACUCCCGCGCCAUUACCAACAGGUGCAAACCCAUGGGGUAUCACACAGUCCUCUACCCCCGUCUCUGCAUUAUCAAAAGUGUCGAGCUCUACCGCGUUCCCGACGUUAGGCGAGGCUAUAAAUACCCCUGCGCCUACUUUCAAUGGUGUACAGGCCGCCGCCUCCAGUUAUAACCAGAACGGGAGCAGUAAAAAUAAAAAGAACAACGAUACGAAGAAUUAUGAAGAUCCUUAUGACCCCUUGUGCAGCGCGGUAAAAUUUAUUGACGAUACAAUUGCCUUUUUGUCUGACUAUAAGUGCGUUUCCUACAAUUUGAGAAGCGGACUCAUUGAUGACGCAACUUAUGCCAGCUACCCCUCUUUGUUUUCCUUUUCCAAUAUCGACGUUUCCGCGGAAUCUGAAGGUAUAUUAGGAAGAAAGCUUAUUGACAUGCUUGCGGUUAAGCCAUGGGAUCAGGUGGCCGCCACCUUCCCUGCUGUAAAUGAAAUGUCGCCGCAGCUCCAACGGCAAGUCCUGAGACAACAACAGAUGGCCACUACUCCCAAACAGCAGCAGCUGGUGCAGAUGCAGAGGAAUAACCCAGACCCAAACUCACAAGUAUCCCCCACCAGCCAGCUACAGCAACAGCAGCUACAGCAUUCUCAUUCGCAGUCCCAGCAGGAGCCUCCACAGGAGCCACCUUUUUCGCAGCAACAGCAGCACAGAACCGUCGUUCAUACUCCUCCGCCAGGGAUGUUUGUCCAAAACGGCCAGAUGUCCCAGACGCAGUCUGUACCGCAUAUGGUGGCCCAGACCCGUAGUAAUAAUUCUACCGACCUUCUGAACCAACUGAUUAAUGGCAAGAAGGUUACUGCCGGCACUUAA